GACGCUUCGUGAGACGCUUGCACGUCGUCCUAUUAAUAACGUCUCUCGAUUUUCGAAACAAACCUACUGUUUUCAUUCAUUAUUUGAUAAUACGCACGAGAAUAUGGGUCUAUAUCCGUAAACCAUCCUGUAUUUUAGCAUUUUUUCUAACCGGUAACAAUGAGAAAGGGUGUUGCUGAAUCAAAGACUAUAAAGGAAGAAACUCUGGAAAAAGAAGGCACCUUCGUUGAAGCUCCACGUAUCAAAACAUCUAAAGGUGUGACUGUUACUAAAGAACGUUGCAAAACGCCAGACUCACCAGAAGGUGCCAAGCAAGCUACAACUCCCCAUUCUCCACCACAUUCAUCCCCACCAUCGCAAAACGUCAAUUCUCCCCUAUGCAACGGCAACACCGAUAGUUCAACACCACCCCCACCAUUGCCAGCAGCCACUGCUUUGUCACUGUCUCUGGACACAUCCAGAUCCAUAGCGGACCUCCAGUAUGGAACAUUAGGUGGAGGGUUUCCACCAGGAAGACAGCUGACGAAAGUCAAAAAGUUUUUAAGUACCCUAGUGCAGUUUGGUAAUGAUAUCAAUCAGGAUGUUGGAGACAGAGUCAAGACUCUCGUGCUUAACUUAGUAAGUUCAAAUUUAACUAUAGAGGAGUUUCACCACUCCUUGCAAGAUGUAACAAAUUUUCCACUAAGGCCAUUUGUACUGCCUUUUUUGAAAGCUCACAUGCCCAUGCUUCAAAGGGAGUUACACGCUUUGGCAAGGAUAAAUAAACAGUCGGCUCUACAAUAUAUACGCUCUCAUGACAACAUUAUUUUGGAUACUGCACAUUCCCCUUCUGAGGCCUCCGAGAUCUUCAUGCCAAACGACAACACACCAUUGGCAGGUGUCAAAAGAAGGUCAUCCGAAGGAGCAUACGAAAAUGGCGUUAACGGAAACCAACCAACACCAGAAGACUACCUAUCUCCAUCCAAACGUCCCACACCCUUUCUUUUUUCCCAUCAUCAGAAUAUCUUCCUGCCCAACGUUCAAAAUGCCCAUUUGUUCGACUACCAAUCUUCUGCCCAAUCUGCAAUCAAACUGGAGGACCCCACGGUUAAUAGAGGUGACGAAGAAUGGAAGAACAUCCACGUUAUGCUCAAUUGUAUUCUUUCCAUGGUAGAGAAAACAAAAAGGGCUUUGACAAUACUGCAACAAAGAAAUCCGACCAUUUCACAAGAUCCAACCACUGAAUGGCUGAAGAAACAAGAUUUGAGUCAAGAUCUUAAGAAAGCAGCUAAUGAUAUACUUAGUGCAGCAGUUAGGGCUGCUGAGGAACGCGUUGCUGAGGUUAGACGUAAAGCUGAAGAAGCUGUAGGAGAUGUGAAAAAACAGGCUGUUUUAGAGUUACAGAGGGCUGUAGCCGCAGCUGAAGCUAGAGCAGGAGAGUUGCUUGCAGCUGAGAGGGCCAGAGUUGAGAAAACUCUAGGAGAGGCCAGGAAGCAUUCUGAAGAAGCUAAUCCAAAUCACACUGAAUUUGGUGAAAAUAGCCAGUCACCUUCUAGUCAGCCAGCACCAUCUCAACAAAAUGCUUGUUGGAAUUGCGGUAGGAAAGCUCACGACACAUGCUCUGGAUGCAGUUUAGCCCGAUAUUGUGGACCUUUCUGUCAACACAAAGACUGGGAAAAUCAUCACCAAAUAUGUAACAAGGAAAAACGUCCUAGUCUGGCAACAGUGUCCAUUCCACCAACGCCAGUACCAGUGGCGUUGCCAAAUGGCGAUGCGCGGGUUAAAAAGUGACACAUAAAGAAAAGCCGAAAAUUUAGAAAAUUUUACUGAAAAUGUAAACGGAGAGAGGUCAGCAAUAUUGAUAAAGAAAAAAAAGUGUUUAAAUUUAAUGAAUAAAUAUUCUAGUCAUUUUCAAUGUUACCUUCUAGUAUUUUAAUAAUAAUAAUAUCUAAUGUAAUAAGUAAAUGUUUAUUUAUUGGUAGGAUAUAAGAAUACAUACAAUUUUUUACUGUUAUAUUUUUUUGGUUCUCUAGGAUAACUGGUAUGUGAUUCGGGUAAAAGCCAAAAAUGCAAUAUUGAUAUUUUGUUAGAACACGUAAUAGGUGGUAUUCUAUGUUAUAUUUAUUUGUUUUUUGUUAAUUGAUAUAAAUAAAUGUUUAC